GGAUAUGAGGUAGAAAAACAAAAGACGAGAAAAACGGGGUUCCAUUUUUGAGAUGGUUUAAUUUGAUAGAUAAGGAAAUCUUUUGGGAAAGCCACAGAUGGAAAUAAUGGAGUCGCAAAGCAAUAAAAGCAGUAGUAGCAGUGACCACCACCACCACCACCAUGGCCAAAAACAAGAGGCUUCCCUGCAACUGGUCUCUCGUGAUAGUCAACCACAAGCAGCUGCUGGUGGCGCACAUGGGACCUCCUCUCAGCCUCAGGCCCCAGCCCAUGUCCCAUUCACGGGCAUGGGCUCCAUUCCCAACCAAAUUGGGGUUCACUCUUCCUCCCCUACUUCCACAUCUUCCCUUGCUAAACCUGCCAAACGACCCACCAAGGACCGCCACACCAAGGUCGAUGGCCGGGGCCGCCGCAUCCGCAUGCCCGCCGUCUGCGCCGCCAGGGUCUUCCAACUCACCAGAGAAUUGGGUCAUAAAUCGGAUGGUGAAACCAUUGAGUGGCUGCUUCAACAGGCAGAGCCAGCCAUCAUAGCUGCCACCGGAACUGGCACCAUCCCAGCUAAUUUCUCAACUCUCAACGUCUCGCUACGCAGCAGUGGCUCUACUAUUUCAGCUCCUUUAUCAAAAUCUGCUCCUCUCUCUUUCCACAGUGCUUUAGGUCUGUACAGCAGUACUAAUGGAGAUGAAAGUAGAAGAUUUAGCAACACUUCUGCUGGUGCUGGCAUGUUAGGGUUUCAUCAUCAGCUAUACCCUCAAAUCUUGAACCCCGAUGGUUCCAUGAGAAGUAGUAACGAGAAUUACUCCACCAAGCCAUUCAGAGAAGAUCUUUUCAAGGAAACAUCUCAACACAAUGCUGAAACGGGUGGUGUAGGGGCAAAUUCUCCUAAACCGGAGAGAACCGGAAUGCAAGAUCAAGAACCCGGUUCGUUUCGUGCAGCCAACAUUGUGCCGGCUCCAGCUAUGUGGGCAGUUGCACCGGCUACCACUAAUGGAGGUAAUGCAUUUUGGAUGCUGCCGGUAGGUGGUGGUGCCACCGCAUCAGCAACUGUGCCAGAAGCCCAGAUGUGGACCUUUCCGGCUCAUUGUUCGGGUGGGGGUCGUGUGAGUCCGGUUCAGCUUGGUUCAAUGAUAUUGCAACAGCAGCAACCCGUGGGUCAGCAGCUUGGUUUAGGAGUGACAGAAACUAAUAUGGGGUUAUUUGGCAGUGCAAUGAAUCUUUACAGCAAUAAUAGAGUUGGUCUAGGAAUGAAUUUGGAGCAACAGCAUCAAGAAAACCAAACCCAAGGCAGUGAUAGUGGAGAUGAAAAUCCUGCUACAGAUUCUCAAUGAUAGAAUUCUAUAUUCAAAUCACAUUCUUCAACUCUUCUGUCCAUUUCCUUUUCGAUUGCUUUGCUAUAGCUUUUUUAGCAGCCAGGUUCCACUUCUUUCUUUUCUUUUCUUUUUGUAAAUGCAUGUGUAUUUCUUUCUUUCUGUCUUUCUUGGGAUUGUUGAUUCAGUAGCUUUGCUCCUCGGAUGCUGGAAAUGUAAUUCAUUGUGCAGUUGGGUGUCAAAAGAUGCCCAUCAAUCUAACACAAGCUUAUCAUUUCCCAACUGUUAGAAGUGUGAUAAUAUGGAAAAACAAUGAGAAGAAAGAAUAAUUUUCAUGCUGGGUA